AUUAAGUUUGACGUUGAUCGCUUGUUCAAUUUAAUAGGUACUUUGAAUAUGAAUAGUUAAGUAAUGAAUAUAUAAAAAUGUAUCUUCAAAAUACGGGCAAAUACAGACCCGAUAAAAAUAAUUCAAACAAAAAAGACACAGAGUCAUCGUCUUCGUUAGGAUCGAGGGAGGAAUCAUCAGAGUCUCGCCUUCGUGUAGCAUUGGACAAUGACAGAAUCGAUUCUAAAUAUGGAUUUGAAAGAGUUCGGGAUGUUAAGGAGCGGACAGGCUACCUCAUAAACAUGCACACUGCAGAGAUAUUAGAUGAAGAUAAGAGAUUAGUAGCGGCGGUUGAUUACUACUUCAUUGAGAUGGACGGCUCCAGGUUCAAAGUAUCUCUCACCUUUAAUCCUUACUUCCUUGUGAUGGCAAGAAAAGAGUGUGAACAAGAAGUGGUACAGUACUUAUCUAAGAAGUUUGCAGGAACUAUACAUAAAGUUGAAGUACUCGAAAAAGAAGACUUGGAUUUGCUCAAUCAUCUCUCUGGGCUAAAGCAAAGAUACAUAAAACUUUCUUUCAUAUCGCAAAAUGACAUGAUGAAAGUGAGGAAGGAACUAUUGACAGCUGUGAACAAGAAUAAAGAACGAGAAAAGAAGGAUGUCAUCUACUCUGAAAUGUUGACUAAUGCUUUGACCAGUGCUGCGGCUAUAGAACACGCUAAGAAAACAACAGAUCACUUGGAGAACAUUUUAGAUAUAAGAGAACACGAUGUCCCUUACCACGUGAGAGUAUCAAUAGACAUGAAGAUAUUCUGCGGGACAUGGUAUACUGUCAAAUGUAGAGGCACAGACACACCUAUAUUCACAAAGAGGGAUGAUAUACUUGAACGACCCGAUCCAAUAGUCUUAGCUUUUGAUAUUGAGACCACUAAACUGCCGCUAAAGUUUCCUGACUCCCAGACCGAUCAAAUAAUGAUGAUUUCAUACAUGAUAGAUGGGCAAGGGUACUUGAUUACCAAUAGAGAGAUUAUAUCGACAGAUGUCGAGGACUUUGAAUACACACCUAAACCAGAAUUCGAAGGGCAAUUUGUUGUUUUCAAUGAGCCCAAUGAGUUAUCUCUAAUCCAGAAGUUCUUUGAUCACAUAAUGGAUGUUAAACCACACAUAUUUGUUACUUACAAUGGUGAUUUCUUUGACUGGCCGUUUGUUGAGGCGAGAGCAGCAAUUUUAGGCUUAGACAUGAAGCAAGAAAUAGGUUUUAGUAAAAUUAGUGCCAGAGAUGGCACAUAUGCCUGUCGGUCAGCGAUGCACAUGGACUGCUUAUGUUGGGUAAAAAGAGAUUCAUAUCUCCCUGUGGGAUCUCAGGGUCUAAAAGCUGUAGCGAAAGCCAAGCUAAGAUACGACCCAGUUGAGCUUGAUCCAGAAGACAUGUGCAGAAUGGCGUCUGAACAACCACAGGUAUUAUCAAACUAUUCUGUGUCCGACGCUGUCGCCACCUACUAUUUGUAUAUGAAAUACGUUCAUCCGUUCAUAUUUGCCCUUUGUACAAUUAUCCCACUGGAGCCUGAUGAGAUCCUGCGUAAAGGCUCGGGCACACUGUGCGAGUCGUUGCUCAUGGUGCAGGCCUUCCACGCCAACAUCGUGUUCCCCAACAAGCAGACGGAGGAGCUCAACAAGCUGACGACCGACGGACACGUGCUGGAGACCGAGACCUAUGUGGGCGGACACGUGGAGGCUCUCGAGUCUGGUGUUUUUCGCGCAGAUAUAAAGUGUAAAUUUAGAAUAGUUCCCUCAGCCAUUGACAAGUUGAUGGAGAACACAGAGAAAACAAUGAGACACGCUAUCGAAGUAGAGGAAGGAAUACCACUAGAUUUAGUUACCAAUUUUGAUGAGGUUUGUGCGGAAAUAAAGGCUAAAUUACAGCAUAUGAAGGACCAUCCUAGGCGUGAUGAAAAUCCUCUGAUCUACCAUUUGGAUGUAGGAGCCAUGUAUCCUAAUAUUAUUUUAACUAAUAGGCUGCAGCCGUCGGCCGCGGUGUCGGCGGGCGCGUGCGCGGCGUGCGAGCACAACCGGCCCGGCGCCGCCUGCCAGCGCGUCAUGGACUGGCUGUGGCGCGGCGACUUCCUACCGGCGACGAGGAGCGAGUACCAACGCAUUCAACAGCAGUUGGAGACGGAGAAGUUUCCGCCGCUGUAUCCGGGCGGACCGCCCCGGGCCUUCCACGCUUUGCCCAAGGAAGACCAGGCAGCGUAUGAGAAGAAGCGCCUCGCCGAUUACUGCAAGGUCGCCUACAAGAAGACGAAGGUGACGCGGACGGAAGUGCGUAAGACGACUAUAUGUCAGAAAGAAAACUCUUUUUAUGUGGAUACGGUCAGAGCUUUUCGAGACCGUCGCUACGAGUACAAGGCGCUGAACAAGCAGGCCAAGGCGCUGGUGGCGGCCGCGGUGGCCAGCGGGGACGCGGCGGAGAUCAAGAGCGCCAAGAGCCGAGAGGUGCUGUACGACUCGCUGCAGUUGGCGCACAAGUGCAUCCUCAACUCCUUCUACGGAUACGUCAUGAGGAGGGGCGCGAGAUGGCACAGUAUGGAGAUGGCGGGUAUCGUGUGUUACACCGGCGCCAACAUUAUCAUGAAAGCAAGAGAAAUUAUAGAGCAAGUGGGCAGGCCCUUGGAGCUCGACACCGAUGGUAUUUGGUGUAUACUGCCGUCAUCGUUCCCCGAAAAUGUGACGAUCCACACCACGCAUGCUAAGAAAAAGAAAAUUAACGUGUCAUUCCCUAAUGCAGUGCUCAACGCUAUGGUUAAGGAUCACUUUACAAACGAUCAGUAUUACGAGUUAGUGGACCCAGUAGAGAAGAAGUAUGAGAGGCGGUCGGAAAACUCGAUUUUCUUCGAGGUAGACGGGCCAUACCUGGCCAUGGUGCUGCCUGCCUCUAAAGAGGAAGGGAAAAAGCUCAAAAAACGAUACGCGGUCUUCAAUUUUGAUGGUUCUCUGGCUGAAUUAAAAGGUUUUGAAGUAAAGCGUCGAGGUGAAUUGCAAUUAAUCAAGAUAUUCCAAUCUUCAGUAUUCGAGGCUUUUCUAAAGGGAAACGACUUGAAGUCUUGUUACGCGGCUGUCGCAAAAGUUGCAGAUUACUGGCUGGACGUACUGUACAGUAAGGGCUCGAAUAUGCCGGACUCAGAACUAUUCGAGUUGAUAUCGGAAAAUAGAUCCAUGUCUAAAAAAUUAGAAGACUACGGUGGACAGAAGUCCACUUCGAUAUCUACUGCAAAAAGGCUAGCAGAAUUUUUAGGAGACCAGAUGGUUAAAGACGCGGGGCUCGCUUGUAGGUUCAUCAUCUCGCGCAAGCCGGAGGGCGCGCCGGUGGCGGAGCGCGCCGUGCCGCUGGCCAUCUUCCAGAGCGCGGCCGCCGUGCGCCGGCACCACCUGCGGCGCUGGCUGCGCGACAGCGCGCUGCCGGCCGACGUGGACAUCCGCGACGUGCUGGACUGGCCCUACUACAUCGAGCGGCUCGGCGGCGCCAUCCAGAAGAUCAUCACCAUCCCCGCCGCGCUGCAGGGGCUGGAUAAUCCGGUUCCGCGCGUCCAAUACCCGGACUGGUUGCACAAGAAGAUGUUGGCAAAGACUGAUAAAUAUAAGACUCGGAAAAUUACUGAUAUGUUCACUGCGAUGCCGAAAGAAGUUGCUAAGGAAGGAGAAGAAAAUGAACCUUUUGCAGCUAACGGAUGUGAGAGCACAGAAGUCGACAUAGAGGAUAUAGGCAAAGAGGCGCCAAAUUCGACAGGUAUACGCCCAGUAGUGCACAGUGUAAAGCGCAAAAGGGAAGAAAGGGAAGAGUCGCCUGUCAAAGACGCUGCUACUUGGAGAGAGGCUUUAGGACCUCCUCCGCCCUUUGGGACUACUAAGGAGGAACGUCGAGCGUGGAUCGUCUUUCAAAAAAAGAAAUGGAUGUGGCAAAUGAAACAGCGCGGUUUGCAGAAGAGAAGCAAACGAAGUAGAGUCGACAAUGACAAGGAUACGAAUAACACAUCAAAUGUGAUGACAAGAAACGUCGGUCCCUCAAAUACUUUAGGAGGCUUUAUACGAAGAGCCCAGAGGACUCUUCUAAAUACGCCGUGGCAGAUUAUACAGGUGUCGGAGACGGCGGAGCCGGGCCUGUUCCGGCUGUGGGCGCUGGUGGGCGCGGAGCUGCACGCGCUGCGCCUGCGCGUGCCGCGCGUGUUCUACGUCAACCGGCGCGUGGCGCGCGCGCAGGACGCCGGCCCGCACUGGCGCCGCGUGGCGCGCGUGCUGCCCCGCGCGCGCCCCGCGCUGCACCUCUACCAGUACUGCGUGCCCGAGCCGCUCUACCGCGAGCACUGCCAAGAAUUGAUGAGUGAACUCUCUGCACCAGAAAUAGAAGGUAUCUAUGAAACACAAAUGAGCUUAGAGUUCAGAGUACUGAUGACUCUUGGGUGUGUUUGCGCUGUCGAACCAAAAGAAGCGAAACGAUUAGUUCAAUUUGGAUCAAACAAUAUGGAUACUUUUACUCUGAGCCAGUUACAAUUCAAAAGCGUUGCUCAUCAGCCCUACCUUCAGAAACAAGAUGGUGUGUCGCCAAUCAAACAUAUAUUCCUUUACCAACAUUCGGCUCCUAACUCGAGUCGCAGCAUGUGGGCGCUAAUCCUAGGACCAAUUAAGAAAGGUUACAUCUUUGUCCUGGACACAGUCAAGAAUAAUCAAGUACCCAACAUGAAUACAUUGUAUGCGGCUGAGCGGACUGCCAAGAUAAACCUGGGGACAGAGGAGAGUGCGUUGCCAGGCGCAGAGAUGUCAUGGGAGGUGGUGGCGGAGACUGAGGGGCGCGCCGUGUGGCGCGGAGUGACGCGCGCGUUGCAGCGCUACCGCGACGAGCGCUGCGGGCCCACGCUCGUGGCGCUGCAGACCGCGCUCUCGCCCGCCGCGCUGCUGGCGCUCAUGCCCGGCCUGUCGGAGUUCCCGCUGGCGCCGCUGCACGUGCGCGACGCGGAGGGCCUGUACGGCGCGCUGGACUGGCAGCGCGUGGGCGCGCGCGCUCUCGUGCGACACUACCUCAACCUGCAGGCCGUGCUGGACCUCACCGUCGAACACUGCCGAUACUUCCAUUUGCCUAUCGGCAACACGGCGGCGGACCCGACACAAUUCGGGGCGGACUUGUUCUUCGCACGUCAUCUCGUCAAGCACAAUUUUGUGCUAUGGUGUUCUAGUCUCGAAAGACCGGAUUUGGGCGGCCGGGAGAUUGAUGAUAACAGGCUGGUGAGCGAGGCGGAGGAGCGGUCGGGGUGCGCGCUGGGCGCUGCGGGCGCGCACCGCGGCGUGUGCGUGGAGCUGGCGAGCGACGCGCUGGCCGUGAGCGCGCUGCUGCAGGCGCAGCAGGUGCUGCAGGUCGAAGGUACCAGUGUGGCCACCUCGUUUGGCGCCCAGCACGCUAAUAUUCAAGAUGUUAUGGCGUCUACAGGUUCGAAUGCAACGGAGACAUACGAUGAGACGGCUCAGUGCAGCGCUGCGUUCAAAAUUCUAAGAACAAUGGUUGCAACUUGGCUGAGAGACGCGACGCUUUACAGAAAUGCUUUCGCGGAUUACCAGAUCUCACAUUUUUAUAGAUGGCUUAAAAGCCCCACGUCGUUACUGUACGACCCCGCGCUACGUCGCACGCUGUACAGUCUCAUGAAGAAGUUAUUCCUAAUGCUGGUAGCGGAAUUCAAGAGGCUCGGCUCGCAGAUCGUAUACGCGGACUUCAACAGAAUCAUACUUCACACCAAGAAGAAUAACAUUGCGGAUGGAAUCGGUUAUGUGGAGUUUGUGGUGCAGAGUAUAAGACAAAAAGAAUUGUUUCACGGCAUGGAUAUGCGUUAUAAGCAAUGCUGGUCGUACUUACUCUGGUUGGAUGAAGCUAACUUCGCUGGAAUCGAGGGUAAAUUACCAUCGGGUCUCGUCGAAGUGGGAUCAUCGCAAAAGCCGACUGAAAGUGAAGAGCAGGAUGGAGAUGAGGAGGCGGUGUCGAUGCAGUGGAACCUGUGCCAGUUCGUGCCGGGUGCAGUGCGCGACGCCUUCACGUCGGCAGUGGCCGGUUUUGUGGCCGCUGCGCAUGCGCAACCGCAGGAGUUGCGUGCUCUUCUGCGGGGAGAUAUGGCGCAGAAGCUGUUUCAAAUGACGGAGAAGAUUCACCGUCGCAUGCCAACACUCCGCCUGGAGGACAUCGGCAAGCGUGCGGGACUGCGCGUGGAGGCGCUGGAGGGCAGUACGCCGGCGCUGUUGUUUGUCACCGCGUUGUGCACCGUGCUGGCGCUCGACAAAGACCUGGAGGAGGAGGUGACGCUCCUACGGCGCAACCUGCUGCGGCUGGUGGGCGUGGGCGAGUUCAGCGGCGCGGCGGAGUGGCGCGAGCCGUGCGCGGCCUGCGUGCUGGGCGAGGUCAUCUGCAAGGUGUGCAACCACUGCCGCGACCUCGACCUCUGCCGCGACGCGCACCGCGACCACUCCGACCCUCCGGCGUGUUUAUGCCCAAACUGUGGCACUGCAUAUGAGAAUCAAGAGCUAGAAUGGAGACUGAUCGAGAUGCUCAACAGGAGGGCAAUGUCGUAUACCUUACAGGAUCUUAUUUGCUCCCGGUGUCAUCAGGUAAAACGUGAAAAUCUUUCAUCAGUGUGUGACUGUGCAGGAGAAUUCGCAUUAAUGGUACCUCUCAAAGAAAUCCACACUCAACUGGCAACAUUUAAAACUAUUGCAGAGUACUACAAAAUGCCUUUGCUGAUGGAACUUAUAGAGUUUAAUUUAAAUAAUAUGUGAUACGUAAUGAUUAAGAACUAAUAAUCUAAUUAUAGUGAUAAGUAUUUUAAUAAAACAGUUUUAUACAUA